UGAGCCCCGCAGACCCCAGACGGGACUCCUCCGGGGUGCCGGGGCGGAGGCCAGGGCGCGGGGCGGCCGAGCGCGCCUUCAGCCCACCCUCGGUCCAGACGCGCGCCCCGCCUCCCUCCGCUCCUCCCGCCCCCGCCCCCGUCUCCUCCCUCCUCCAGCCGCGCUCGCUCCGCGCCCCACUCCGCUACCGCCGCUGGCUGCCUGCAGGCGCGGCUCCGGGCGACAGCCAGCGAGGGAGCCGGCGCCGGGCCUCGCGCCUUCUCCUCCGAGAGCCCGCCGCGCGGCCCCCGUGCGUCCGGCUGCUGUGUGGCUGGAGAGCGCCACGUUCCCCCGGUCCCCGGAGCGACGGGGCCAGCAGCGGGACAACUUGGAAAACUUCCCCGGGGGCGGACAGCAGGGACGCGGGGCGCCGGUGGAAGAGGAUGUAGGCGGGCGGGGACUGGCCACGGGUGUCCCGCCACCUUCCAGGCCCGGUUCGGCCAGGCCAUGCGGCUGCGGCGCCGCCGAGGGACCGACCCUCUGGUCUAGCCGGGCCGGGGCAGUGCUCUCGCCCGCUGUGGCCGCGUCCGGCUCCGCCAUGGACCAUCAGGAACCUUACUCCGUGCAGGCCACGGCGGCCAUUGCGGCGGUCAUCACCUUCCUCAUCCUCUUCACCAUCUUCGGCAACGCUCUGGUCAUCCUGGCUGUGUUGACCAGCCGCUCGCUGCGUGCCCCGCAAAACCUGUUCCUGGUGUCGCUGGCCGCGGCCGACAUCCUGGUGGCCACGCUCAUCAUCCCCUUCUCGCUGGCCAACGAGCUGCUGGGCUACUGGUACUUCCGGCGCACGUGGUGCGAGGUGUACCUGGCACUCGAUGUGCUCUUCUGCACGUCGUCCAUCGUGCACCUGUGCGCCAUCAGCCUGGACCGCUACUGGGCCGUGAGCCGGGCUUUGGAGUACAACUGCAAGCGCACCCCGCGGCGGAUCAAGUGUAUCAUCCUCACCGUGUGGCUCAUCGCCGCCGCCAUCUCGCUGCCCCCCCUCAUCUACAAGGGCGACCAGGGCCCCCAGCCCCACGGGCGCCCGCAGUGCAAGCUCAACCAAGAGGCCUGGUACAUCUUGUCCUCCAGCUUGGGCUCCUUCUUUGUGCCCUGUCUCAUCAUGAUCCUCGUCUACCUGCGUAUCUACCUGAUCGCCAAACGCAGCCACCGCAGAGGUCCCAGAGCCAAGGGGGGUCCCGGGGAGGGAGAGUCCAGGCAGGCCUGCCCUGUCCCUGGGGGCCCUUCUGCCUCUGCCAAGCUGCCAACCCUGGCCACUCCUGUGGCUUCUGCCAGCGAGGCCAAUGGACCCUCCAAGCCUGCUGGGGAGAAGGAGGAAGGGGAGACCCCCGAAGACCCUGGGACCCAGGCCUUGCCGCCCGGCUGGGCCACCCUUCCCAACUCAGGCCAGGGCCAGAAAGAGGGUGUUUCGGGUGCAUCUCUGGAGGAAGAAGCUGAAGAGGAGGAGGAGGAGGAGGAGGAGGAGGACGAGCCUCAGGCAGUGCCAGUGUCUCCUGCCUCAGUGGGCAGCCCACCCUUGCAGCAGCCGCAGGGCUCCCGGGUGCUGGCCACCCUCCGUGGCCAGGUGCUCGUGGGCCGGGGCGUGGGUGCCAUGAGCGGGCAGUGGUGGCGUCGCCGGGCGCAGCUGAGCCGGGAGAAGCGUUUCACCUUCGUGCUGGCCGUGGUCAUCGGCGUCUUUGUGCUCUGCUGGUUCCCCUUUUUCUUCAGCUACAGCCUGAGUGCCAUCUGCCCGCAGCAGUGCCGGGUGCCCCACGGCCUCUUCCAGUUCUUCUUCUGGAUCGGGUACUGCAACAGCUCCCUGAACCCCGUCAUCUACACCAUCUUCAACCAGGACUUCCGCCGCGCCUUCCGGAGGAUCCUUUGCCGCCAGUGGACCCAGACAGCCUGGUGAGCCCACCUGCAGGCUGCCCGGGUGGGCUCGGUGCCAAGUGGCACCGGGACCUUGCUGCUUCUUGGUCUGCUUUUAGUGGCUGCCCCCCGACCCCAUCCUGGGACUUUCUGGGGUGCUGCAGGUCUCAUCUUAAGAGCAGAGGGGCAUGGGUGCUGUGCACUUGGGUCCUUUUAAAGCCUCCCCUUGCUGUCUCUGGUGCACGGGCAGGAUGAGGCUCAGGUCUUCCUGAAUACAGCUGAGGCCAGGCAAGAACAGAGCCCCAGACCCCUCUGGGCCAGUAGCGGACUUCCGUUUUUGAGGACCUGGUAUUCCGUGGCUUCCUGCUUCUUUUCCAUCCCCGUUCCCCUCUGCCCAGCCUCAUCCCCAGGAGCAGGACGCCAGCCAGGAGGGCAGAUGAAGACUGUCCACCCACGUUGUCACCGCGGUCCCCAUCAGGCGCUGGGAAGGGGUGAGAGUUCUUGCGACAGCCCUGUCUCUGGGCUCCGUCCUCUGCUUCUGGAUCCUGAAUCCGUGGUUCCUUUCUCGGCCAGACCUUGGAUCAAUUUCCUUACCCGCAGCCCAUCUGAGAGGCGGACGGGCACGUGGAUGCCUCCGCAGGGUGGUCUGUCGGCCUGGCCUCGGUCUCCACGGGAGAUCCCCAAUCACGAAGCGUUCACCCCCUGCAAAAACCAGGGCGACAAUCGCUUGCCGCCUACUUGCCGCAGGGAGAUGAAAGGCUUUGCAGAGAGCUUUGAGCUCCGUGGGGUAACGCACCCGAGAACCAGAAAAUGUGAUUAUCCGGUGAUACAGAAACCUCUCUCCUCUGUGUUUACCACCCCUGCUUCCCGGAGACUUUCUGUGCCUGGGGUGUGUGAAGUCCUGCCCCAAGCAGGCAGACUCACUGUUCCCAGUUAAAGGAUUUCUUUGAGGUCGUGUUCUUGCACCUGCCGGGGUUGGAGUUCUCAUGCUGUUUGAGCCUCCUUGACAUUGCACCUGCUUGCCGCCCUCUACCCGCCUCGGGGGCGAGGGAUCAGUCUCUGUCAUCAAGCAGGCAAGCAGGCAAACGGUUUCCCUGAGACAGCCAAAAAUACCCGCCUGUGGGGACCAUCCGAGAUGAGAGUCUUUGGCAGACAGAGCCCCCAGGUGGGGAGCUGGGGCUGGAGCCGGUGAGCAGGGGCCUGGAGGAGCCUCUGGCUGGAGUGCCCGGGGCGGGGGUCGGGGGGGGCUCCACGCAUGCGUGGGUCCUUGUGGGAGGGUGCUUGGCUGAGCUGCUCAGACCCAGCCAUGGUGCUUCCCAGCUUCGGGGGGCCGCUCCCUCCUGGUUCUCUCACCCAUGCUGGACCCUAGCACCCAGCACAAUGGGAACUCUGUAGAGGGCCUGGCCUCACUGUUGGGCCAGCGAGCAUUUUAGCUUGGGGUGGGGCUGGGCUGAGCCCCGCAGGCACUGUUGGCACCCUGAUGGACCUGCCAGGUGCUGAGGGUGUGUUCUGGGGGUGGAGAGAGUGGACGGGAGGAGAGAGAGUCCCUCCUAGGGAGAGGGGUGUGGGCUCCAUCAGGGGCUUUGCCCUGGGGGCACGGCUGGGUGCAGGGGAGGGACUGAUUUGUAGACCAUCUGUGGCCUGACCUUGUGUGUGUCCCAAGGACCCCCAUAUUGUUGCCUGAGGCCCCUUUGUGACUUGCAGGUGUCUUUACAAAGUCUGAGCUAUUUUAUCAAUAAAGAGUAUUUUGUAAUAA